AUGAAGUGGUUGGACCUCUUUGGACACCUGAAAUGUGUCAUUAUCGGAAUGAUCCACGUUAAAGCUUUACCGGGCUCUCCACUUGGAUGCAUGAAAAUGUCCCAAAUCAUUGAAGAGGCCUGUCGGGAGGCCGCCAUAUACCGUGACGCAGGCUUGGACGGCGUGAUAGUGGAGAACAUGCACGACGUCCCGUACUCGCUUUCCCCUGGCCCUGAGGUGAGCGCGUGUAUGACAUCGGUGUGCGCGGCGGUGAGGAGCGUCUGUCCGUCCAUCCCCGUCGGCGUCCAGAUUCUAUCCGCUGCCAACCGGCAGGCACUCGCCGUCGCUCUCGCAUCAGGCGCUCACUUCAUCCGGGCGGAGGGCUUCGUGUUUUCCCACGUGGCUGAUGAGGGUCUGGUCCACGCUUGUGCCGGAGAACUUCUGAGGUACCGCAAGAGCGUCGGAGCCCAGGACAUCCUCGUCUUCACUGACAUCAAGAAGAAACACAGCUCUCACGCUCUGACCUCGGACGUGAGCCUGGUGGAGACGGCUCGGGCCGCCCAGUUCUUCCUGUCGGACGGACUCGUUCUGACCGGAACGUCCACGGGAGCCCAGGCGGACCCCAAAGAACUGGCGGAGGUCACGCGGGCCCUGAGUCUCCCGGUUCUGGUGGGUUCCGGUGUGACUCGGGACAAUAUGACUCGCUACCUGGGCGCCAGCGGCCUGAUUGUGGGCUCCCAUUUUAAGGACGGGGGCUCGUGGAGCAACGAGCUGGACGCGCGGCGCGUCGGCAGCUUCAUGGCACAGAUGAGAGGCCUCCGAGCAAGAUGGCCACACUGAACUCCAGCUCAACUAACUCUUUCCGGCCUACUUUGAAACCUUGAAAAACGUAGGAUGGGCUUCGAAUAAAAAAUUCAAGCCAUUUUGCCGGUGUUGUCAGCGGCGGAGUGCAAUCAACACAAUGAGGCAAGCUGCAGUGUUGCCUAAAGUCCACAGGGUGGCGCUACACACCAAACAAUACAGCAGCCUUCCUCCCUCCCUCCCUCCCUCCCGGAAGCGCUCGCUUACCUUUUAGUUUGUAUUCGUUCAUUGACCUCAUUCAUGAGCUCAGGAUUCGAUUUUAAGAACAAAUCGCGUUUCUUAUCCAUCUAUUUUACACUUUGGAUUUUUAGUGCAUGCAUUUAUAUUUGCUCUACCAAAGUAUUCAUGAAUAUAGUCAUUUCC